GCACGAUCGAGAAAGGCAAGCGCCCGGUAUAGUAUUGAUCGGCGGCAUUGAUGCGCCUUUCCCUUUUCUCAAGUUCCCAACUUUUCGACCACCAUGGCCAUCGACCGCGGAGGAGAGACAACCACGCAGCUCCUCACCCUUCUCAACGUAUCUGCUACAAGGGCGGGAAAGCGAAAAUGGACUGCAGAUGAAGCCAAGCCUUCCCAAAAACUGAACAAACGCCGGACUACAGUACAACUCGAAGAAUCCUCUGCGGUAACCCUCGAGGUGGAAACUGCCCCAGGCAAUCCUGAGACGAUAAAAGCUAAUGAAGAGCCUGAACAUGUCGAUGAAGAAGAAGAGGAGAUUAUUGUGGGCGAGCAUGGGGUAGUUGAGGAUGCUCCUGAGAACAACACCGACCCUUAUGAGACACAUUUUGGCCCUGACUCGCAGGUGUUGUCGGAAAACAAGCGUAACGCUGUCGAUGAACGUGCCUGGAAAACGUCCAAGGGGGCAUUAGGCAAAUUGGGCAAUGUCGUUGAAUACUCGACGGAGGAAGCGGCGGCGGCAGCCAAACAGUUGCCUCAGAUUUCAGUACUAGAUCGCCUAAAGGGGCCUCUCCAAGAGAAGCAAGAGAAGUUGCCGAAAGAACUUGCUACUCUUCAGAACGAUUUGCUUGCAAUGUUGAGCUCAUAUAAAGAUCUCUAUAUCACGAGAACCGCGCUCGAGACUCAGCAACACGCUCGGGAAGCCAUUAUGCUCCACGCUCUCAACCAUAUAACGAAAAAGCGACGACGCGUCCUCAAGAACAAUGAGCGACUUUCCAACGCAUCAAAAUCAGGUGCCGAACCGCCAGAAGACGUUCAGGACCAAGGUUUUACUCGUCCUUCUAUUCUCGUUCUGCUCCCCUUCCGUUCUUUUGCACUUCGAUGGCUCUCAGCCCUUACGACACAUACACCAUCGCCGUCAUACCAGAUUGAAAACCGGUCUCGGUUCGAAUCUGAGUAUGGAUUGCCUCCUGGCGCCAUCGAUAAACUAGCUAGUGCCGAACCUGGGACAUACCCAAAGGACCAUGUGGAGAUGUUCAAGGGAAAUGUUGAUGAUAGCUUCAGGGUGGGCGUCAAGAUGACUCGGAAGAGUAUCAAGUUGUUUGCGGAGUUCUACGGGGGUGAUAUCAUCUUCGCCAGUCCGCUUGGGCUGAGGAUGUCGAUCCAGAAGGAGAAGAAUGCCGAUUUCUUGUCUUCGAUUGAAAUGCUCAUCGUAGAUCAAAUGGAUGCUCUUACGAUGCAGAAUUGGGAACACGUUCAGUUCAUUAUCUCACAAAUGAACCAAAUGCCGAAGGAGUCCCAUGAUGUUGAUUUCUCUCGUAUCAAGCCGUGGUACCUGGAUGGCCAUGCCGCAUAUCUACGUCAAUCUAUCCUGCUCACGGCUUAUGAGACACCGGAUACCCGUGCUUUAUUCAAUCAUAACUUGAAGAACGUCGCUGGCAAGAUCCGAACUGAAAGGCGUUGGAAUCCCAUUGCUGUGCCUGAGGGCGUUCAGCCGGAUUUCGACCAGGUCGACUGUAUCAGCCCUAAGGAUGAGCCUGAGAAACGCUUCCAAUAUUUUACGACGCAGCUACUUCCUGCGAUUUUGAAGUCUGCUGUUCAAAGCGUCAACACUGUCGUCUUUAUCCCCUCUUCCUUCGACUUUAUCAGAGUGCAUAAUCACUUUAGAAAGAACGUCGGCGUCCCGUUUGCUGUUCUUUCCGAGUAUUCGAGUAAUCAGGACAUCUCACGGGCUCGUCAAGCAUUCUUCACUGGACGGAAGUCGUUCCUCCUUGUGAGCGAGCGGUUCCACUUCUUCAGAAGGUACAAAAUACGAGGUAUUCGUAACCUCAUCUUCUACGGCCCCCCCGAUCAUCCCCAAUUCUACACGGAGUUCCUCUCAUACCCAUUCCUCGAUGACGGUGUAGAGCCAUCCGACGUGAUGUGCAAGGUUAUAUACUCAAGGUACGACAUUAUGCGGCUGGAGAGGAUUGCAGGAAGUGAAAAUGUGGGCCGCCUUAUUCAUCGAGGCAUGAUGUAGUCACGAUGUUAUCAUCCCGCUUGGGUACACUGACGUUGUUUCAACAUGGUUUUACUGCACUUCAAUAGCUCACGUCUGGUCGUAUGCAUAACGUAUCACCUGAGUCGCGAGGCCAAGAAGGGGUAGGUGCUUCCCCAACAGUAUUUUCUCCCAUUCUUAUCCACUACUUGUUGUCGUUCUUCCGACCAUGAGGAGCAAAAAGCAAUGGUGCGAGCGGAAUUUGGACCCAUGCCUGGAUAUCCAGAUGAGAGCAAAAGCAGGCAGACCAAGUCACUUGGGAGUCGGGACCUCCCACCUGUAGAACUUAAUUCAUGCGAUCGGCAGCUGCAGCAUGCCCU